AACAUACAUGUAGCUGUAACGCAUCCCAUUUGGCUGACCCGGAGGGUGCUCAGACCUGCAACAUAUCUACGGGUCAAUGCUUCUGUGCUGCUACUUGGAUGGGCAUGGACUGCAAUCUUGACAUUGACGAAUGUACUAGCUCUGCAUCAGUUUGUGAAAGCACAAAAUGGGAAGUUUGUGAGAACAGCAUUGGAAGCUUUAACUGUGUUUGUGAACGGGGAUAUUCCCGCACAAUUGACACAGCCGUUUGUACGAAAGACACUCCGACUCCUCCACCGCAAACAAGUUCGAGACAAUAUUUGGUAUACGUUUUGGUUAAAAUCACUCCUUUUGCGAGUAAAGGGUGCACAGCCGCUCGACUCAAAGUUCCAUCGAAAUACAAAGAAGAUGAGAGAAAAGCUAUACAAAUGCUCUCCGCGAGCCUCCCAAAAGGGAAGAGGAUUAUCAUCAGGGACAUUAGGUGUGGUUCCUAUAUUAUCGAUGCAAUAAUUGCCAUCGACAACAACAACGCGGAGAAGGCAAGUUUAAGCGUGGAGCUUGAGGCCCUAAGAGAAGGGCGUAAUGUAACAUUUGGCGGCGAGGCUUUGCAGUUGGACGAGAUUACAAUUAAUGAUAGGAAAUUAACCCAAACAUCCACUAGUGGAACUUACAACGAGAAACUGUGUGAGGUGUUAACCACAAUCAGUCAGUGUCCAAGUGGACAGAUCUGUGUCGUAGAAAAUGGGUCCCCAGGAUGCAGAGAUGAGAUUAAAGACAACCUGCCGCUGAUUCUAGGCCUCUGUUUGGGAGUUGUGCUACCGCUUCUGUUGGUUCUUAUCGCUAUUGCCAUUGUGGUGUACUCAAGAAGCCAGAAAAGGGACAGAAGACCUUCAAGUGCUACUGAUAUUUGCGUGAAUUGGAAAGAGUCAUUUCCGGUUACAAACCUCAAUGGAUUUUCCCGAGUAGGCUCGUCACACAUGAGCGGUCGUAACCAAUCAGAAGAAUUUCCAUACAGUCCGUACGGCUCAUACGACAAAGCCGGAUUCUCAAAGAACUUUCCUAGAUAAAUAGUGCACUUUGUUCCAUAUCGUUUAUUUUUCAGCAUAUCUAUAUUUUGUAAUUGUUGAAAAAUCAGCUUUGUUCAUGAACUGUCGCUUUGCUACAAAUCUGCGUUUAAACAUGUUUAUAUAGUAGUAUAGUUUGUAUAUAAGAUGUAUACAGAAUCAUGAUUAACAUUACAAUCAGUUAACAAAAUGUAAGCAUAAAGUAUUUCAAAUGAAAUACACAACGUGGUAUACAACCCUUGUACGUCAUCAAACUAGAUGUAAUAUGGAAUUAAGAUAUUGAUAAAAGUAAUUGUUUGUAACACCGAUAUAAUCAAAAGGUUAAUUUUCGAUAUAUACUAAAUCUCAAGAACAUGUAUAGAUUCACUUUGAUCUGCAGCCAGUUAUAGCACAAUAUUUAUACAUUAUAUUUAUACCUAUUUUAAAAUACAGUGACAAAUAUAGCUUCAUUAUGUGUGAUCGAUACUCUAUAGGCUCAUUGUAUGCACUAGUGUAUUAUUUCAGGUUUUAUUACCAUUUUUUGUGCGUUCAUGCAGUAUGCUGGCGCCUGUUGGAAAACUUGCAAACUCGCGGCCGAGUGUUCAUACUGCAUGAACGCAGGAAACAUCAAGAAUCAAUCCUUAUACAUGCAUUUGCCAUUUCCUUUUUUAUUUCUUAAUUAUUUUUCGACCAAAAAGUGUUCGAGAGCUAGUCUUUGAUAACAAUAAAGGGAACAAAACGUGUAGAGCAAAUAAAAACAUUAAGAGCAUUUGUCGUCCCUGGUGUUGAAUAGUGCCUUCUUUUUAUCAUCUGCAUGAUAAAUAGUACAGAGAAGUUUUGCAGAAAAUAUAAAUAAUUGAAAAAAUAAUUAUUUGUUAGGUACUGUUAAAUAUUGGUGGUAAUAAUGGUUUUGGUUGAAAUAUUUUUGGUGUAAUCACGAACAUAGUCGAGAUAGUUUAACUCUUGUUUACAUUAACAUUAACCCAUGUGAGUGGGCAUAAAAAAUGUUGUUGUUUUUUUCAAUUUUUCUUAACGAAUUGAAGUUUAAUGAUGUGCUAGUCUUUUCGAAUACAUGUAUUUUUAUUAGUUACGUAUGUUCAUGAACCGUGCUAUAUUUAGCAAGUAAAGAAGCUCGAAGUCAGAACUCUACGCACGGUGAUUCGUCUGCGCCCAAUCAGAGCGUUACUUUCUUGCCAAAAUCCGCCUACAAAAGAUCGACCGAUGCAUGCAAAAUGUACUUAUUUUUAUCGUUCAGAAAUUCAAGUGCAAAUGUAAAUAUAUAUAUAUAUAAACAGUGCCAUCUAUCUACUAAACAUUGUAUCAGAUACUGAUCACUGUGAUCAGAAAAAUUCGUUUAUUGCUUGUUUUAGUAAUCUUUCAAACAGAUUUCGUUGCACUCAUUGAUCAUACGAAGUACAUAACGCGUCACUCAAGUCAUUAUAGAAUAACACAUGAUUGUGUACACAUUUCAGUUAAGACAUAGGUGUGUAGCUCUACUUACCUUGACACAUUUUCUCUUAAACCAUGCAUCAUUAUAUAUAGCAGUUUG